AUGGGUAUUACCAACACCAGACGCGGCGAGCCAUGGGUACCUUCUACGGUCACGUUCUUCCGGGCGUCAUCAUGUUUGCCUUUGGCACUUGGUGGUCGCUGCGUACGUGGCGUCGGCAUGCCAGGUGCCGUGUCACUGGGGAGCACUUUGUGGCGAGUGCAUCCGCGGGACGCGCUGAAGGCGUGGCCAAGAUAGCCGCGGCGACAUUGGGCUUGGCCACUGAGAUUCGAAAAUGCAUAUCUAAGGGAGAGUGGGCUCCUCGAAACUGGCAUCACAUGGCCACGUACGUGUUUUGUGGUCUGAGCGGGCCCGUGGAUCUGCUCUCUUCGUCGACGAGCGGACGCGGUCUUCUGCCGCCGGACUCCGACUACGCCGCGCUGCUACUCUCCUUCGCGGGCGAAGGGCUCGUGUUCCACGUGCACUCGCACGGCAGGGCACCGCUCGAUGUGCUGGUGCACGAGCUGCUCGUCUACGCCAUCGUGGCGCAGGCCGCCUGCCUUGCCGUCGAAAUGGCGCGGCGAUCGAGCGUGGUGGCGGCGCUCGCGAGAGGAUUCUGCGCAGUUCUGCAGGGCACAUGGCUCAUCCAGAUCGCAUUCUUGCUGUUUGACCCCCGCGAAGGAAAACGCUGGGACCCUCGGAGUGGGCGCGACGCCAUGCUGGCGGCCGCCAUCUUCCCUGUCCACGUGGUUGCCGCGCUGGUUUACGUGUGCCUUUUGGGAACAGUGUUCUCCCGCCGAGCCGAAGUUGCCUACUCCAGACUUCCACAGGAGGCGGACAAGGAGAAGGAGCACUGCCUGACCGCGGCAUCGGUGCGACCCGGCAUUCUUGCUGCCCUAAUUCCCUGAUGCUCAGAUGUUCGUGAAGGGAUGUGUCUGUGAGA